GUUUAACCAUCAAAUAUGCAAUGUAGCAGAUGAGCACAGGCCACACCAAGUGAGUGAGAGACAGGAGGAUUAAGACCUAACAGUGAGUUGCAGUUUUACCCCCCUCUCUUCUCUGAAGGCACUUGUUGAGGCUGAGCAGGAGCUGCACUUUUCUCUCAGACUCAGGAGGACCCGACCCCGUCGUCCGUCACUCUCUGACAAGCAGCCAUGGGUUCCAUGGUGUGGGGCUGCGUCACUGACUUCUUCACCUACGAGACCACCAAGUCUGUGGUGGUCAAGAGCUGGUCUGUGGGCAUCAUCAACCGGAUCGUACAGCUGCUCAUCAUCUCAUAUUUUGUCGGCUGGGUCUUCAUCCACGAGAAGGCUUAUCAGUCGAUCGACACCGGCAUUGAGUCCUCUGUGAUGACCAAAGUAAAAGGCUUCGGUUACCAUCACAACCAAGUGAUGGAUGUGGCCGACUAUGUCUUCCCCCAACAGGGCGCAGGUGUCUUCUGCAUCAUGACCAAAGUCAUCAUCACACAAAAUCAGUUUCAAGGAAAAUGUCCAGAGAAUGGACAGAGGUUUAGUUGUACCAUAGAUGAAGAUUGCCACAGUCAUUUUGGCAGCAUCCAAUCCAACGGGAUAAUAACAGGUGUUUGCAUUAAAUCCUUCAAUGAGACUGUGGGUAAGUGCGAGAUUAAGGGAUGGUGUCCAGCCGAGAACGACCAAGUUAAGAUCAAACCAAUGCUAGAUGUGAACAACUUCACCAUCUUUAUCAAAAACAGUAUUCGGUUUCCCCUCUUCGAUGUCACUAGAGGGAACUUUCCCUCCACAAUGACGGCCGCACAGAUCAAGAACUGUACCUACCAUCCGGACAUCAGCCCCUCCUGCCCCAUCUUUCGUGUGGGGGACAUUCUGAACUACACCGGGCAGAACGUGGCCGGCCUGGCAGACAAGGGUGGAGAAAUAGGAAUUAACAUUCAGUGGAAGUGUAACCUGGACCUGCACAUUGAAAAUUGUGUACCCAAGUACUCAUUCACACGACUGGACGAACCGUUUGCCAAGAACGCCGUGUCCAAAGGCUACAACUUCAGAUUUGCCAAAUAUUUCAAGACAGAGAACGGGACUGAGUUUCGGACACUUCACAAAGCAUAUGCAAUCCGCUUUGACGUCAUGGUCACUGGCAAUGCAGGAAAGUUUGACACAAUCCCAACACUGAUCAACUUGGUAGCUGCCUUCACCUCUGUUGGGCUGGGUACGGUCCUCUGUGACGUUAUCUUACUGAACUUCUUGAAAGGAGCCGACCAGUACAAAGCCAAGAAGUUUGAAGAGGUGUCGGAGGCUCAGAUUGAAGCCUCUCUUGCUCAGAGCCCAGGCAGCCAGCUGUCACUCAAACCUGGCAUCAAGAGCUCUUACGACUCUGGAGCCAUUUCCCUCGAAGCGUGUGACCAACCUGACCUGUCAACAACAAUUUGAACAAACGGUCACCCUCCAUUAUCUCUCUCUUUCUCUUACAGCCUUAAUUGAAGUGAAGACAAUGUCUGCACACUGUCCUGUUACUUGCAAUACACUCAAACUGAUGAAGGACUGAGGAUCAAAAUGCUGUUUGCUUAAUAAAGUUUAUUGCAACUAAAAGGACAGCGUGCAGGAAUCGUCUUUUCUUCACCUAUGGACAAUUUCCUCCUACGCACCUGUAUACAAGUUUUUUAAGGUGUGCAUGAGCCUUCUCAUUUUAGUCUUAAUGCCCUAUUACAAGAGAUUCACUACACAUUUAUUGUCAGGACCUUGCAGUUUGACUAUGGCAAGUUUUUGGAAAUGGAAAGUCACUGCCAUCUUCACAUUUUGCAACAGAAGGUUGGAGUCAGAAGAAAAGAAUUAUUGUCUUCAGCUCAUAAUAGUAACUGGAUCCUUCUAGCCAACUCUUCACCAUUUAGAUUAGUUAAAACUAAAGCCUUUAAACUCAUAGGGAAACAUACAGUAGUAAAGAAUGUUGUUUUAUUGUGCGCAGUUUUAAUUUACAAGGCAUUUUACGGCUACAAUAAACUGCAGCCUCCUGUUUUUCAGCCAAAAAUAUUAAAGCUGAAUGAUUUUCCUUCUCAUUUCCUGUUAGCUUUGCUCGAACAAGCCGAGAUUUUAAAAAACAUGUUCAAAAAACAGUGCUGAAAAUAAACUAUUUGCACAAUUUGGAGAAUUUCUCUUUCUUGUCAUGUCCACACACUCACCAACUGGCCUUUCUCUUUGUCCUGCGCAAAUAAAAGCACUAAAGAGUCUCCUAAUGGUGUAAAGACAUAGUCAAUGGUUACAUGUGUGUGUGCGUUACUAGAGGGGGCUGCAGUGGGAUAAAUGCGUGUGUGGUUUGAGGUUUACAAAUGGACCAUUAUUAGUCCACUUCUGGGCGAUGACGCACAGUGGAUGUUACUGUACAGACUAAUGGACUGGUGUAAUUCAUCCUUUUCCAGUCUGAAAUGACAUUACAAUUCUCUUUUUUCUCUCUGCUUAUUUCUCAUGUUUACUCCCACAGUUUCAUGUCAGACAUUCACAUAAUUAUCUCAAUGUCUUGCUCUCUCUGUCACACACAUGGUGCACAUUUUAGUGCCUCCCCCUCCUCUCCCUUGUUUCACUAUAAACUGUGACCGGGGCACUAAUAGAUCAGCUAAAGAGCCUCUUAAUGGCUCUGACAGCGAUUUACGAGAGAAGAUAGCUGUGAAGGGAGGCCGCAGAGGAAUUGACAGCAGUUAGCCACCAAGUUUGAUGUACUAAUUUAAUCAUAUAAAUCUGUAUAAUGCAUGUAAUGGAAAUGACAGAAUAUGAUACACAGAGCCGUGAAGUAGUCUAUCUCUCUGAAUGAUGCCUCUGGUCACUCUGAGGCAGGUCUGUAGCUCGUCUGCGGACAGCAUGAACAAACAGUUUUCUGUCUGCUGGAGCAGCGCUUGAAGGCCAAGCAAGGCUGAGUAUGUGUGUACACGCACACAGUUCUGCUAUUGUAGAACAUAACAGAAUCUAUAAAUGUAACCGGGAUAAUGAGGUGGGGGGACUUGAGUCACAUGACUUUACUUGACGGCAUGUUCGCCUGCUGCAGCAGGUGCUCCGUCCCCACCGAGACCUGUUUCUGUCCUCACAGUGUGCCGGUGUCACACACACACACACACACACACACAUUCUCAUUGACUUAUUAAUGCUGCUGCUUAUUUAUAUCAUUGUGGCAUAUUGAUUAUGAAUACAGUCCAUCUGAUGCUCAUCUUGUUUAUUUUUUUUUGCCGUUUCAUCACUACUAUAAAUGCAGCUGUAGCCAGUAUCUCAUUAUCACUGUCCUCAUUCAUAUUUUAAAAAGCUACAAAUUAUAUUCAGCCACAAAAUAAGUCUGAAAAGCUGGAAAUCAGAGUACAGAGAGUUGUUGCAUAGAGAUGAUACUCCGUCUCAUCUAGUUGCAUUGGUGUGAACCGGCAGGUUUUUAGAAUGUUGCAUAACGGUGCGUUGCAAGUAGCUGCCUGUCAUGAAUCUUUGGUCUGAACUGGGUUUUGGAGCAAGAGUCUGUGCAGUAGCGACCUCCACGAUGUCAAGUUCUUGCCCAUCGCUAUUAAUUGUGAGCACAGCGUUUGGCACAGAUAGCUGUCAAUCAUGACAUCAAACACACUGUUUACAGCAUCAAAUAACUAAUUGAAACCAAACUUGUGAGAAAAAGGAACAACUGAACACACAGCAGUGUGAUAAGAACUACCAAAAAUGACAUAAACCCUCUUCGGGAAAACUCUAUCUGAGGGGUACCUUCGUGUUUUAGUUUGAGAACAGUCGUAUGCAAGGACUGCAGCUCAAAAAUCAGUGAUCUGACCACCACAACACCCAACUUAAUUUGUCACCAAAGACCCAUAACGAAAGGUUUGUGAAUGUGUCUUUUUAGCUAACAUCUGGGCCUUAGAGCCCAUUUAGCUUAUUUAAUCAUCAGAAUUUUUAUGACUUGACU